AUGCGUCUUGGGGUAAAGAUGCGAGAUUGGGAGGCUGUGCUGCGCACAAUAAGGGGCGCUCCAUCGCCAUGUGCAGAGCUGUGGCUGGCCAAGAUGAACAAGUGGGCUGACACUGUACUGCACGCAGCUAUCAUUUAUGGGGCAUCACCCGCCAUCGCCCGUGAGCUGCUCCUUGAAAUGGCCAGACGUAAAGAAGACGUCCGGGAGAUUCUGUCAGCCAGGAACCAGUGGGACAACACUCCUCUUCACUGCGCCGCCUCCAGGGGCUCUCCCUCCUUGUGUCUUCUCAUCCCUGAUGCCCUUGCCACCGCAGAGCAGACAACCCGCGCCGCUCUGGCGCGUAACAAUGAGGGAGAGACGCCUGUGUUCUUGGCUGCUGUUCAUGGUCACUAUUGGGCCUUCCGCCUUCUCAGUGAACUUGUAGAACUUGAGCAUGCCACAAGUCCCUACGUGAAGCCCAAUGGGGAUUCUGUACUUCACUUAACCAUUCAGCGAAAGUACUUCGAAUUAUCAUCCAUAAUAAUGCAUCUCCUCCCCGACCUGGUUUCCAACAUCAAUGAAAAAGGGCAGGCACCUCUGGACAUCCUGGCCUCUAUUCCUUCGGCAUUCAGGAGUGCCACUCACCUCAGCUGGUGGGAGUGGCUUUGCUACCCCUUCGUCCCGAUUCGUUCCCAGCCCCGGCGUUUGUCUCGGCAUCUUUUAGAUGAGGAUGAUCCCGGACUGCCUGAUCAGUUUCCCACCCAUGAAGCUCUUUUCGGAUUCUCCUUUUUAAGGAGCACCAUAGAGAAGAAAAGGAGACAUGUAUUUGGUUCGCGGAUCAUGCAACAACUGCUAGACAAUGACGCUUUUUAUGAUAGUUUGAUGGAGAGGGACCUGUUGGGGAUGGACCACGAUCAUCCGGCGAACUUACUAAAGCUAGGUCCUUCACAUAAAGCAUCAUCAUUAUUAGGAUGGACACCAUUGUUGAGAGCAACAAAGUAUGGUGCAAUCGAAUUGGUGUGGGCAAUCUUGGACAAAAAGCCAUUUGCAAUUGAGGAUGAAAUGAUGAGAAGAAGACGGUGA